GACGCGGAGGAAAGCCUCUACACGGUCCGUUCCCGCCGCUGACACUAUCGUCUCACGUACCAUGCCGGACGAACGCGAGUCCCGUCCCGUUCGUAUAAAGCUAUUAUUAUUGUCGCGGACGCUAUCAUCGCACGUGGUCGCGGCGGCGGCGGCGACGACGACGACGACGACGACGAAGGGAUGAUGUCUCGGCGACGACCGCGCCGCUAGACCUACCGACCACUAGCCCACCACUCCCCCUCGACCGACCGUCGUUCCCGUCGCCCGCCCACGGCUGACGUCUCCCCCCCCCACCAUCCCUCCAUUCCGUCGCGAAUACCGCCGCCAGAGGUGGUUGAUUUCUCGCCGGCGCGCGCGACCACGAUGUGUUUCGAAAGAGCCAAUGACGGUGAAUCCGUCGAGUCCUAUCCGUGCCACGGCGUCCGAAUACCGUGCUUGUGCACACACCGCGAAUGAAAACGGUGGCGUCCUACCUUAACGCGGCACUCAACGCGUAACCCUCGAGAAACGGGCGUGGCACGUGUCGGGUCUGGAGGAAAUCAAGACUCGUUUCAUCACUACACAACACUAUAUAAUACGCAGUCGCGAACGGUGAUACAUCAAGAUUCCCUAUGAGAAUUGCAUUGCAUUUCAAACAUUAUGCUACACACACGAGGACGCGAAAAACGAAGAAACAACGUGAAAACGACGUGAUCGAAAAUUUGUCGGCAGUGAUGGGUGCGGAGAAAAACGGCCAUGACUACUUGCAACUAUUGCGUAAAACUACUGAAAUCUACAGAAAAUAUUGCGUUUACCCGUUUGCCACGAUUAUAAGUACCGUAAACAAUAUGGUCAGCGGUUACUUCGGCCACACUUAUUGCGUCGAACCGUGCAGACAAAUUUUCACUAGAUUUGGCGUAACUAACUAUACUUAGAUUUGAUUGGACGCAUCCGCAAACUCCGUAAUGAAAUUUUAUAGAUCCCGCAGGGUUCUUUGUAAAUGCCAUACGAUAAAUAGCCCAUCUGAGGAGACCCCCGUUAACACGGUACACGGUAUUUAACUAUAGCGAUGGAAUUUUUAAUAACAAAUGAAUCUGAUGAAGUGUCUAUAUUAUCACAAACUGAUGAACCCACCAACACCUUACCUCAUAAUGAUGAAAUUAAGGAUAUAAUUGUUGCAAACAUUAAUAAAGAUAAUAAAGAAAUAUCUACUGAAUCAAAAACUUUAUCUGACUGUCUAGUAGAUGCCUCAAAAUCAUUAUCAGAUUCAGAAUGUAGAGUUCAAAAUAUGUUAUUUGAUAUGAAAUCUGAAGAAUUGAGUACAAGUUCUGAUGAAAAAACCAGCAUAGAUUGCAAUAUAAAACCUUACAAUAGUGAUAUAAAAAAUGUAUGUAUGUUUAUGCCCUCAUCAAAUUCAACUUAUAUCUCCUCUAAUGAAACUCAAGUUCUUUCAAGUACAAAUGAAUCAAUUUAUUCAGAUAUAAAUAAUAUUUUUACUACUAAUAAAAAACGAGGAUUUUCAAUUGAAGAAAUCAGUAAAGAUGAAACUUCUCAAAAUAGCCAAAGCAUGUCAACAUAUUCAAAUGAUUAUACCUGCUUUUUAAGCGAGCAAACAGAUGCUACAAGCAAUUUAACACCUUUCAAACGAAGUAAUAGCUAUUAUUUUGAUUCUCCUGUAAAAAAGUUAUGUAUUAAUAAACUACCUAUUGAUGAUAAAACAAAUGAAGCGCUUGAUAGCAUUAACCUGUAUUCAAAUAAAAAUGAAAAUAAAAUAUUCAGUGGAUUUACUAGCAUUCAGAAUGACUUAGAAGUGGAUUGUAUACAAGAUCGUUAUGAUGGAAGUGACUCUGGAUUUGGAUCAGAAUUAGCAGAAGAUAAGAACACUGGCAGCUUAGAUGUAGCAGUUUCGACAUCAAAUAUAUCAUACAAAACUGAUUUUACAUUAAACCAAGAAUCUAGUUUUGAAGAUUUACAAAGAACUUCAAAUGAAUUUUUGUCAGCAAUGGAAGUGUUGAAGCCAAAAUUCUCUGACUCUAUUCUAGAUACAGCACCAUUAGACAUUAGAAAUAAUUAUGGAAAUGUUAAAGGCAUUUUAAAACGCAAUAAACCUGUCAAUUAUGGUGUUCUAACAUCUGAUGUUACAACGGUGAAGAAACGAAAAAAUAUAAAUUUUGCAAAUGUAACAGUCUUUUAUUUUCCUCGAGUUCAAGGAUUUACAUGCGUUCCAUCUCAGGGUGGUUCUACUCUUGGCAUGACAAGAGUUCAUAGCGCUUCACGAGUUUUUUCUUUACCUGAAUAUAUAGCAGAACAGAGAAGAAUACGUCGAAACUUAAUUCAAAUAAGUCAAUCCGAGGUUUCUGGUACAAAUAGUGAUGACAGUGAUAGCGAUGUAGGAGCAGCAGAUGUUUAUUCUGAAUCUGACGCUGAUGUAGACUCAGAUAGCAAUGGAAGUUUUUUACAACCUGUACCUACACGACAAAGACGUGCUCUAUUGAAGGCAGCUGGUGUUGAAAAAAUUGAUUCAUCUGAAAAGGAUGACUGUAAGAGCAUAAGACUAUCCAGGGAAUUUUGCGGGUGUUUAUGCCGUGGUUUUUGUGACCCAGAUACAUGCGCAUGUUUUCAAGCAGGCAUAACAUGUCAAGUUGACAGAAUGAAUUUCCCAUGUGGAUGCACAGUAGAUGGCUGUGGAAAUUCUGUUGGUCGUAUAGAAUUCAAUCCAACAAGAGUUCGAAAACAUUUCAUUCACACCAUAAUGAGACUUGAAAUCAAAAAGAGAGAAGCACAAGAAGAAGAGCACUGUAAUAAGUUAGCUAUGACAUCACCACUUAUAUCCAAUUUUUCCUAUCAUGAUUCCAGACACAUACAACCGUAUUAUCAACCACAGCACUACGAACACAAUUUAAAUGAUUAUAAUUAUCAAUCAUUUUUGCCUGUUUAUGAUAGUAAUAACCACAUUGCCCCAGAAAGUAGUACACAGAACGAUUAUCAGCUUAAUAAUUCGCAUAAUUUAUAUGAACCAUACCAGCCAUUCUCAUCUGCGUUUGUGCCUUUGUCACCAGAUAGACCUAGAGGAUUGUCUAUUAUAGACAAUAAACCUGAAACGUUCACAGAUUUAUUGCAACCAUACAGUUUACCGAGUAUUGAAAGUACUGAUUCGCUUGGUAUUCCAAAUAUUCCAAGUACAUUAGUUUCGGAUAGUUUCAAUUUAGAAACUGAAAAUUUAGGGGAAAUCAUUAAAAAUACAAUGGUUGAAAGUGUCAAUUCUUAAAAUUCCAUUUACUGACAACUUGUUAAUAAACAAAUGUUUUUUUUAGUUGAAUUUUUUUAUUUGUUACUUUAAUUAAUAAUUUUUAACUUGGUUAUCUUAAUAAUAGUUAUAGCUAUACUCUGUCUAGUAUAAAAAUAACCUCAGGUGGCAAUCGAUUUUCUUAUGGCUCUGGAAGACCUCAUUCCUCAAUUAAAUCGAUUUUUGUUUUCAAUGAUCUGCUGUAAAUUGGCAAAAAGGUUGAAAUAAAAUGAUUACACCCAUUUCCGCUGUUGUGCUCAAAAGCCAGCCAUUGGAAAUUACUGUUAUAUGAGACAGAAUUAAGUUUGCCAAUAAAUCUAAUAGAUUUUAUGAUAUAUUUUAUCAAAUAACUUGUGGUUGGUGAUUUUAGUAAACUUUAAAUACAAUUUGCGUAUAACCAGACAUAAGCAUUUUUCAUUAAAUGGUUAAAUAUUCAAAAACUUGUUAAGUUUUGAUGGAAUUUUUAAAAUGUUUUUUUUAUAGAAUUGUCUGCAAUUCAUUUUUGAUAUUAUGGUUUGUAUAAAUACAUAAAAAUAGAAAUUAGCAUAUUUUGUUUUACUCAAAUUUUAUAUCUAAUUAUAUUAUCAAUAAAGAAAAAAAUAAUAAUUUUAGUACUUAAAACGACUUAACUAAAUAUUUCUGGAAUAUAUUAUGAGAUCUCUUAUUGAUACCUGUAUUAUUUAUAUUGUGUUCCAUGAUUAGGAAAUAUUUUCAUUUGAAAUUAAUUUAUAUAAUCUUACAUCAUUUGAAGUCCGAAAUAAUUAAAAAUUGAUUAUUAUGAUUUUUAGGUUUUCUAUUGUAUUAUUAUUUUUGUCUUUUAAUCUAUUUAUUUAUUAUUAAUUAAGAGGUGUAAGGGAAAAGGCACAAAAAGCUAAAUAGAGUUGUUCUUUAUAUUGGAGUAUCUAUAUUCUUGAAUAUCUAUAAUUAUCUAUUUUAUAGCUACUUAUGUAUUUAAAGCAAUUGCAUUAUUUUUAUUAAAUCUACGAAAUGUAAUAGUAUUAUUUUUAUUUAGUUGAAUUAAUAACUAUUUAAAGCAAUUUUAAAAUGCUAAAAUAGUAAAAAUUAUCUUAAUGUUACCCAAAACCAAAUUCAUUAUUGGUUCAAUUUAAUAGUAUUUUAUUUUAGCCUUUUUUUUUUCUAAUUUUGUUUUAUUGUAAUUUAUGUAAAUACAUUUGUUUCUUUGGUUAAUUUUUACCAAUGUUCUGUUAACUGUAUUUCUGUUUUAAUGAAUUGCUUUUAGUUUUUUACAAUUUAUUGUAUCAAAGGAUUAUUAAACUAAUUUAAAGGUGUGCUAAAUCGAAAUUUAUUGGCUUUCCUGUGUCACAUUGUGGAAACUUAUUAUAUAUAUAAUAUACUAAUUAUAUAGUACAAUGUGAAUAAGUCACAUAUACAUUUUUAUAUUAAUAUAAAACAGGCGAUGGAUCCUUUGUGCAAUGUGUUAAGAUUUGACUAUAUAAUGGUGUCUAAGAAUACACAAGUGUUUCCUAGUAAAAAUUUUCAGUUUGCAUAGGAUUAUUAUGUCUAACUGUUUUAUUGUAAUUAUAAUAAUGAUUAUUAAUAAUUUUAUUAUUUUAAAUAUUUGUAUAGUAAUUAUUAUUUUGACUUUGAGAUUAUUUUCUUUAACAGUUUUUUUUUUUAACAUUGUUUUAAUUAAUACAUAAUCUUGAUAUCAUAAAAUUGACAUGAUAAUGUGACCCAUGGUAAAAGUUAAUUUACUAAAAUCACCCUUGUUAAGUGUUAAGCAUUUUAUUAAUGUACAUUACAAAAAGUCCUAAUUACACUAAAUUAUUUGAAACCAAAAUAAUUUUCAUUUUGUAAUAUUUACACCUAAAGCACCUUUAAAUAAGAGAAUCAAAUUAAUAUUAAUGUUAAGUCAAGCUUUUUAUAGUUUAGUAAAUCGUUUUAGUAGGUUGUCAAUUAUUGCGAUUAGUGUAUCAGUGCUGUAAUAAUGUAAGUGUGUUUGCUAAUAAAAUUAAUUUAAAUUAUCAAUAUUCAUAUACUGUAAUAAUUAUUAUUAAGUGUUUUUUGUUUUUUUAAUCCUUAAGUGAUUUAAUAUUUUUGUCUAAUCCAACAUAAUAUAUGGGAUUUACAAUGAUGCUUUUGUAUUGAGUACUAUUAGAGUUGUAAGUGUAUUGUAGACAUUGGACGUGUUUUCGAGAUGAUCUAACCAGGUAUAAAUAUAUGUAUAUAUAUAUAUAUAUAUGCACAAGUGCAUAUUAUAGUAUAAUAAAAUAUAUAAUGUUCAUAUAGUUCAUUUAUAUUUACAAAUCGCAUUACAAAAUAAAUACUAUUAUUAUUGAAUAAAAUCCUACUUAAUUUCGAAAGCACGGCAUUGUAUUCAAUAUUGCAAAACGUCCUAAGUUCAAUACUUUUGAAUUUAAUUUCAGUGUCAUUAAAAAAUAAAGAUCAGCAGAUAAACUAAAUACUUAUUCAUUUUAAUAGCAAUAAGUAGAUUUUAAAUUAAGAUUGCGCACAUUCUCAAUACUUAUUUGUCAUACAAAUGACAGAAAAAUAACCUUGCUAGAUUGUGACCGACCACUACCCUUGAAUUCUUAAACGGUUUCACAAAUAUAUGAAUAUUAUGUUAUUGUCAAACAUGUUGUAAUGACUUCUAUCUAAUAUUUUCUAUAUUGUUUUUGUUUUAAAAUGUAUAAUUAAAAACUAUUGUAAUACCAUA